CACUUCCGGGCAGGGAGCGACGCGAAGAUGGCGGCUGUUUGAUUGUGUUAUCGAGUUUUUUUUUUUUUACUAAAUCUACUAUUUCACAGACUUGUAUUGCAUAUCGUUUUGUUUUUUGUUUUAUUAACGUGACGACUGCAUAUCAGGAGUUAUGCACCGACCGAACUUUCGACCUCCUGCUCCUCCAGGCGGAAUGGGCCCGAGACCUGGGGGAUAUCGUAGUCCUACAGCCGGGUUCGAUAGCGGAGGAGCGGUCGCGUAUCACCCUCCUCCUUGGGCUUUUCCAAACGGUCCUCCUCCGUCGUUCGGACCCAGGAUCGCGCAGUAUUGUGGUUCUCCCGAUACUCCUCCGAGAGAUUUUCACGGCAGUAAUAAUUGCGGCGGCGGAAAGGGUCGGUUUUACGGCAGUCCGUCCCCGGGACGCACGCCGAGGCGGCCUUCUGCGAGUCCUAGAUUUACUCCACCCUAUAAAAAAAGCCCAUAUCACUCAGAGAGUCCCGGACACCACAAGGGCUAUCAGGGUUCCCCACGGACCUCCACCCCGUUCGGGCCAACGCAUGGCAGGGAGAGGGUGGCAAAUGGUGUGGAAGCGUUUUACAACCCGGCUAUGCUGCAGGACCCCUGGGCUGGGCUGCAGCCAGUUGCUGUGACAGACGCGAAAGCCAAGAGUAGCACAGAGCAAGCCUCACACACGGGCAGGAGAGGGAGAUAUUUUAACCGCUGAAGAGAGACACGGCUGCAGCAGUACACUUUCUGAUUACACUUUUUAAAACGUUUUUAUUUGGUUAUGUGAGUGUUUGCCAAACUGGAGUGUAGAGUGGUGUCAUUUUGGAUACUGCCUUAUCAGUGUAGGAUCACCAGCAAUCGGCCUGACUGUUACCUGUCCAUGCUGCAGUUCUUCCUAGCGAUUACCUCCUCCUGGCAUGCGGAUGGCUAUGGGCACCCGUAUGUUUUUGUCUGAUAGGGCUGCGGAGAGGUGCGUACUCCAUACGCACAUGUGGCCGGCGUGCGCCACCAUAGCCCGUCUCCCGUUAUUCUGGAUCCAUCACUCAUCAUUGAAGAAGUCUGGGAACAAGGAUGUCGCUUCAUUAUACACGUGUGGGAAGGUGUGCUGCACACAUGUUUGCUGUAGGGGGCGCUGUCCCGGGGCAGCCGUGACACUGUUGGAGUGUCAGAGGCUCCUGCCCAUGGCUCUCGCUGACACUCCGCACCCGGGGCUGCAAACCGGUGCUGCCGUUUUAUCCCCACAAGCGUUUUUUAAUUGAAAGACUUUCACAAACCUCCAUGGAUCGUGAGUCGCACAAGUGACCAUAGACCGUUUGUACACAAUGGCAAUAUGCAUCAGUCAACUGUCGCUGCUGAAAUUCUCCCUCACAAACUGCAGUUCUUCUAUCAAAUCUACAACAUAUACAGAACAGGUUCCUCAGGUUUUUUUUUAUUUUUAAUGUAAAUAUUUUAUGAGAAAAGCGGGUAACAGGUUGAGUCAGCUGGUUAGUCCCCCCCCCCCGGAUGUGUGAUUUCCUUAAACUUUACUGUGUGUGUAUUGUGAGCUACUUGUGGCUGUAGGACUCUCACACAUGAUUGGCUUCCAUUCAUCAUUUGGGUCUGAGGCCUCAAGUACAUCUCCUCUGCUUUUACGUUGUUCCUUUUUUCUUUGAUGCACGCUGUCCCUGUGCUGCUCUGUGCCCCAGGACCAGUUUGAUGAUGGUUGUUCUGAAGGCAUCUGAUCUGCCUUUCUCUAGUUUGAUGGCUUCCUCUACCAGCCUUUGUUUUAUUUAUCUCUACAAGUAAUCGGUUUAGUUUUCUCUCUGAGUGCUUCUUCUGCUUCCUGUCCCUGCUCUUUCUCACCUGAGCUUUUGUCAGGGCCGCUAGACUCAGAAUUGGAAAUGUUCAGUUGUAAAGAGCAAGCUAGUUAAUAUAACUAGUACAGUAAAGUGUUCUGUUUGUAUUAAAAUGAUAUACAUUUUUAUACAUUGUGUAAAAGCUACUUGGCUAUCUAGAUAAUUUACUGUGAUUUGAAGCAUCAAUGUUUGAAAAAUAAAGUGUCCUGUUGACGUGUA